UAUUAUUCCUUCGGCCGGGUUGGUUAAAUGGUGGCUGUGUCGCGGACAUUGGGUGACUUUGUGCCUGUGUUUGGCAGGGGUUGCUGACUAGCUGGUUCAUUCGUUUUGACAGGUGACCGUUCUGCCAAACCAUGGAGGCUCUUAUACCAGUUAUAAAUAAGCUUCAGGACGUCUUCAACACAGUGGGUGCCGACGUAAUCCAGCUGCCGCAGAUUGCUGUUGUCGGAACGCAGAGCAGUGGAAAGAGCUCGGUGCUGGAGAGCUUGGUGGGUCGCGACCUGCUACCGCGUGGUACAGGCAUCGUCACCCGCAGGCCUCUCAUCCUGCAGCUCGUCCACGUCGACCCCGAGGACCACAGGAAGACAGCUGACGAAAACGACCCCAACAUCUGGAAAAAUGGCCACCUUCACAAAGGGUUGGAGGUAGAGGAAUGGGGCAAGUUCCUGCACACCAAAAACAAGGUCUAUACAGAGUUUGAUGAAAUCAGGCAAGAAAUUGAAAAUGAAACUGAAAGGGUUUCAGGUAACAACAAGGGCAUCAGCGAUGAACCCAUUCACCUGAAGAUCUUCUCUCCUCAUGUGGUGAAUCUCACCCUGGUGGAUCUGCCUGGCAUCACAAAGGUUCCUGUGGGAGACCAGCCCAAAGACAUUGAGAUCCAGAUCAGGGAUCUGAUCCUGAAGUACAUCAGCAACCCCAACUGCAUCAUCUUGGCUGUUACUGCUGCCAACACAGACAUGGCCACCUCUGAAGCCCUGAAAGUAGCCCGUGAGGUGGACCCAGAUGGCCGCAGGACCCUGGCAGUGGUGACCAAGUUGGAUUUGAUGGACGCUGGCACAGACGCCAUGGACGUGCUGAUGGGCAGAGUCAUUCCUGUAAAGCUGGGCCUCAUCGGAGUUGUGAACAGGAGCCAGCUGGACAUUAACAACAAGAAAAGUGUGGCCGAUUCCAUUCGUGAUGAAUAUGCAUUUCUGCAGAAGAAAUACCCAUCUCUGGCCAACAGGAAUGGAACCAAGUAUCUGGCCAGGACCUUGAAUAGGCUGCUGAUGCACCACAUCCGCGAUUGCCUGCCAGAACUGAAGACCCGCAUCAACGUGCUGGCAGCGCAGUACCAGUCACUACUCAGCAGCUAUGGGGAGCCCGUGGAUGACAAGAGCGCCACCUUGCUGCAGCUCAUCACCAAGUUUGCGGCUGAGUACUGCAACACCAUCGAGGGCACGGCCAAGUACAUCGAAACGGCGGAGCUGUGCGGAGGGGCCCGAAUCUGCUACAUCUUCCACGAGACGUUUGGCCGGACUCUGGAGUCUGUGGACCCGCUGGGAGGACUGACGACCAUCGAUGUGCUGACUGCCAUCCGCAAUGCCACGGGCCCCCGACCGGCCCUGUUUGUGCCUGAGGUGUCCUUUGAGUUGCUGGUGAAGAGGCAGAUCAAGCGCCUAGAGGAACCCAGCCUGCGGUGCGUGGAGCUGGUGCACGAGGAGAUGCAGAGGAUCAUCCAGCACUGCAGCAACUACAGCACGCAGGAGCUGCUGCGCUUUCCCAAGCUCCACGAUGCCAUCGUGGAAGUCGUCACCUCCCUGCUCAGGAAGCGGCUUCCCAUCACCAAUGACAUGGUCCACAACCUGGUGGCCAUCGAGCUGGCGUACAUCAACACCAAGCACCCAGACUUCGCCGACGCCUGUGGCUUGAUGAACAACAACAUAGACGAGCAGAGGAGAAACCGCAUGAGAGAGCUGCCAGCGGCUGUGCCCCGAGACAAGUCCCUUAAGGGUCACAGCGGCCAGGCCCCACCCUCAAGCGAGCCUCCGGCCCCCACGGAGCAGGAGGGGGCCAAGGGCGAACCAGAGACCGGCAUGGGCAACUGGAGGGGCAUGCUGAAGAGAGGUGAUGAGGCCCCAACGGAGGACAAAUCCAGGCCCCAGGCUCCCCUCCCUGCCAGUCCCCAGAAGGGCCACGCCAUCAACCUGUUGGACGUGCCUGUUCCCGUCACCAGGAAGCUGUCUGCGCGCGAGCAGCGGGACUGUGAGGUCAUCGAGAGGCUGAUCAAAUCCUAUUUCCUCAUCGUUAGGAAGAACAUCCAGGACAGCGUUCCCAAGGCCGUGAUGCACUUCCUGGUGAACCACGUGAAGGACAGUCUGCAGAGUGAGCUGGUGGGGCAGCUGUACAAGUCAGGGCUGCUGGACGACCUGCUGACGGAGUCCGAGGACAUGGCCCAGCGCCGCAGCGAGGCCUCGGAUAUGCUGAAGGCCCUGCAGAAGGCUAGCCAAGUCAUCGCUGAGAUCCGGGAGAUUCACCUGUGGUGAACCCAGCUGGACCCCCCCUACCUCUGGAUGAUGACCCGGCCUCUGCGUGGGCAACAUGAAAGAUGCACUAUUGUGAUUUGUCGUGUAUUGAACAUAAUGAUGCGCUAUGCGGACUUUCUGCGGCAUUAGUAGCAUGAAGUGUGCGUGCACCAGCCUGGUGGCACGUUUCACGAGUAUGAGAGAGAGGUACAUGCAUUUCAGGGAUGCCAGGCGACACUCUUGCUGAUAUUAAAGAUGAAAUUUAAAGGUA